AUGGUCUCCAAUGUCCGCCAUCCACCCGCUCUACUCGACAAAACCAAAAAUCAGGACCGCAUGUGGUCAAAGGCUAUCCAGGAUACCAUCAACCGCACAGCAGGAACAACUCAAACAAAGAAUCCACCAACCCCAGAUGAAUUAUGGGCUGAACGGAGUCGGAGUGCGACUUUCAACCCUCCAGCUGAUCCGUACACGGGGAGAAGAGUUUUUGUGAACGGAGACUUGGGUGAAGCCUUUAGGAGGUUGCAAACGCGACUCAGACGAAAUCGUGUAAUUCAGGAGGUGUCGCGGCAAAGACGACAUGAAAAGAAGGGCGUAAAGCGGAGACGUUUAAGCAGUGAAAGGUGGAGAAGAAUGUUUGCCAACGAGGUGCGGAAGAAAGUGCAACUUGUUAGCACUAUACGUCGUCGUGGAGCCUACUAA